AUGGGUUAAGAUUGUUCUACAUGCAAAUAAGAAAUAGGAAAUAAACAAGAAGAAAUAAAAUCUACAAAAUAUUAAAAAAUAGAAAACUAAACAAAUGCAGGAUAAGAAAUGCCUUCAAUAAUUUAUAAUAAUAUUUCUUUUGUGCACUAAGAAUUAAAAAAUCCGCUUUAAUUUUAAAUAAAAGAUCCUAUUUAUAAAGAAGAACCUAAUUCAAUAUUCGAAUAAGCUUAUCAUAAUGACCAUUAAUCAUUAGAUAUUUCAUCUUUAAAAUAAAAUAAUAAAUAGAAAUCUAAUAGUGUAAACUCUAUUAGUUAAAAGAAUUAAUUAGUUGAAAAUUAAGAGCAUUAUUAUAAUACUAAAUAAGAAGUUUAUUCUUAAUUAAAAAAAUUCUCUAAUGAAGAUAUAGAAAAUCAACUUAAAAAUUAAUCAAAUGAUGAUUUAGCUUUAGAAACUAGGCCUCCCUUUUGUUUUAAAAGUGGUGCUAUUUAUGAAGGAUAAUGGAAAGGUAAUACUAAAUAUGGUAUAGGUACGUAAAAAUGGCCUGAUGGGGCCAUAUAUUAAGGUGAAUGGUAAAAUAAUUAAGCACACGGAAAUGGAGAGUUUGUUCAUGCAGAUGGGGAUAAAUAUAUAGGUUAAUGGCAAGAAGAUAAGGCUAAUGGAUACGGAACAUAUAUAUCUAAUGGUGGUUCUAAAUAUGAGGGAUAAUGGAAAAAUGAUAUGUAAGAUGGUUAUGGGGUCGAAACUUGGCCUGAUGGAUCUAAAUAUGAUGGAUUUUUCAAAUAAGGGAAAAAACAUGGAUAAGGUACUUAUACUUGGAGCGAUGGGUCAACUUAUACUGGUGAAUGGGUUGAUACUAGGUUUUUUGUUUUAUUUUGUUUUAUUUAUUAUUAAUUAUUUGUUAUAAUUAGAAUUUAAGGCUAAGGAAUUUAUAAAUGGCCUGAUGGAAGAGUUUAUGAGGGAGAAUGGCUAAAUAAUAAUAUGCAUGGAAAAGGUGUUUUCACUUGGAAAGAUGGAAGAAAAUAUAUAGGGGAUUAUUAAUAUGAUAAAAAACAUGGAUUCGGAGUUUAUAUUUGGUCUGAUGGAAGAAAAUAUUAAGGAAAUUGGGGAUAUGGAAAACAGCAUGGAAAAGGAAAAUAUAUUCUUCCUGAUUAAUCAGUUAAGAUGGGACUUUGGGAAGAAGGAAAGCGAAUAAAAUGGUAUGAAAAUGAAAAUCAAUACAAAAAUGAAAUUGUAAAAGAAAAUCAUUAAGAAUGA